GCCCUUUCCUCUUCAGCCCUACCCCAUGAUCUUCUCGCCGCCGUCUUCCACAGCAGGCCCCGCCCCGUCUGGGGCAAAGUGUGCAAGGCGCGCGGGGAGAUGAGGACGAGGGUGUGAGCUUUUCGUUUCCGGGUUGCGCUGCUGCUGCUCGGGUUUUGCUUCCGGCGCCGUCCCGAGUCGGGACGGGGGGGGCCGAGCCCGCUCCUGUGGCAGCGGCUACCUGAAGGGGUUAAACGGGAGCGCGCUUGCUGAGGAGUGAAGAGUCCGAAGGAGAGCCGAGCCAUGGAGCCGCGGCUGUGAGGAGCCUCCGGCCCGGGCCCCGCUUUUGGGCAGCCGGGCCGAGGCCGGAGCCGGAGGACAUGGACAAACUGACCAUCAUCUCAGGAUGCCUCUUUCUGGCUGCCGACAUCUUCGCUAUCGCCAGCCUGGCGAACCCGGACUGGAUCAACACCGGCGAGUCCGCGGGUGCUCUCACAGUUGGCCUUGUGCGACAGUGUCAAACCAUUCAUGGACGUGACAGGACCUGUAUUCCUCCACGGUUACCUCCUGAGUGGGUCACCACCUUAUUUUUCAUCAUCAUGGGAAUCAUUUCACUGACUGUCACGUGUGGCUUGCUAGUGGCUUCCCACUGGCGAAGAGAAGCAACUAAAUACGCACGCUGGAUAGCAUUCACUGGAAUGAUCCUAUUCUGCAUGGCAGCCCUAAUAUUUCCCAUAGGAUUUUAUAUCAACGAAGUGGGAGGCCAACCUUAUAAACUGCCGAACAACACAGUGGUUGGGUCGUCAUACGUACUGUUUGUUUUAUCCAUUUUCUUUACAAUAGUGGGACUCCUAUUUGCUGGCAAAGUGUGUUUACCUGGCUGACGAAUGCUUACAGAGGUUGCUUCACUCGGUCAUGAAGGAGAGCAGGAUGCCUGUCGCAUUCUCGGGAGAAUGCUUACGCUGGGCUGUGACAGUCUUACCAAGAAAAGAGGAGGUCUCUGAUGUGUUCUCUCACAAUGCACUUUGGAUUUAUUUUUAUUUUUAAACAGAGAGCCUUUCCCACAACCAAAUACAGACAGCCUUGACUCAUCUCCUGAGCAUCUGGAUGCGGUCAGGUGCGCACUGUGAUAAGAACUCAUGUAGGAGAAUUCUUUUCUACACUGAGCAGCGUUAUUGACACAUACACACCCCAUCCCAGCAUCACUGUACUGGACCCAUUUUAGAUAUCUGACAAUUUUGAAAAUCUCACAAGUAUUUAUGAACUUUGGCCGACCAGAGGUUUGCCAAGGGAAUUGGAAGUGGGGCUGGCCUCACUGUCUUUUGAAGAUACGCAUCUUCCUUCUGUGAUAGGCAAGAAGCAUUUGCCGCCAAAAAAAAAAACAAACCCAGUUCAAUCUUAUACUAACUGCAUCCUGAAGCCAAUUGAUCAAAAGAUGUUCUCGGAAAACUGUUACGACAAAACACCUGCCUGCCAUGUCCCUCACCACCCCUGUGAGCUCUAGAAACACCUUGGGGGUGUCUGGGUAUUCUUCAUUAUAUAUAUAUAAUAUAUAUAUAUAUAUAUAUAUCUGAUGCAGUAUACAGAAUGUGUAUACAUAUAUAUGUAUAUAUAUGUAUGGGUGUAUGUUUGUCUAUAUGUGUGUAUACACAAACAUAGAUACAUACAGACACACACAAAUCCCUGGGAGAGAACUCUUGAGCGCUUUGCUAGCAAAACACUGUGGUGUGUAAAACUAGAACUCAGUACAGGGGGUGAAAAACAAAAUUAUAAUAAUUUGAAAAAAGCCAUUUCUCUGAAGGCUACAUAGCUGGGAAAGUCUUCAGUUUACCUCAUUCUUUGUAGCAGCCCUUGGUUUUAACCGUUUUUUUUAAAAAACAAAAUAGGUACAAACAACUCUAUACCGUUCUAGGUGCAAUUUUAAGUUAAGCUAAGUGGGUUUUUUUUUCUUUAUAUGGUAAUUUAUUUGUAUAUUGAGGAUAGAAGUCAAGUUUGUGUCACACUUUGCAAAGGUCCGAUCCCAGUAAUGGGAAGUUACACUACUUAAAUUAUGAGCAACUGAAGUAAGCCGGUCUCUCUCUCUGUCUCUCACUCUCCCCCCCCCCAUCCUCCUUGGCCCCUUUCUUUGGCUUUGCUUGUUAUGCUAAUAUGAAUUGCUCACACAGGAAAUCUGCCACAAGAUACCUCCUGUUGACUAUAAUGUGAGCUGGGGGACUGGGCAGCAAAAGCUACAAUAAAGAGGGACAAAUUCUUCAUGUCGCCUGCAAGUAUUAAGUUAAAUCCACUGUUACCAAAAAGGGAGCCUUAUGGUGACUUUACGUCCCCAUGCUUUGUCUUAUUCAGAGCUUGGAAAAGUUACUUUUUUUGAACUACAACUCCCAUCAGCCCAAUCCAGUGGCCAUGCUGGCUGGGGCCGAUGGGAGUUGUAGUUCAAAAAAGUAACUUUUCCAAGCUCUGGUCUUAUUCUGAUACUUAAACAGGGGUUGCCCACUUCCAAGGGGUCUUCACAAUUUAUAGCAGUGUUUUCCCUCUUGUCAUAUUCACGUGAGAACCUCAAGUUGCUGUCCUCCUUCAGUAAUGGGGCUCAGCUCCUUUUUUCCCCUCUGGCUUCCAACCAAGAGAGCACUUCUGGGCCCAGCAAGGGUGAAGAAUGACCUGCAGUAGCCAGAAAGGAAGAUCUGAGAGUAACCAUCUUUUGGCAGUGUGUGCUGAGCAGCAGGACCUGCCUACUCUUCUGGGCAUAACCAGCCCACAGGAAAGCUCCUUAAUUCAUGUCAUCAGGCCAAGCAGUAGUGCCCUGUUUUUGUAGCUCCAUUCAUCAGCAGCCCCCCCCCCCAGUAUGUGGUCUUUGGCAGAUGCCUGAUAAUGUUGACCUUUGAUGCCAGCCCUGCUCAGAUAAGUGUUGUCUGCUGAGGGGACCUGCAUGUACCAGGCUUUAUCUCUUUUGAACAUCACACACAUAAAUAUUUUGGGAGAAAUUUAUAUCUUGAAGUCGUGUUGAACAAGCAGCUGCCAGUCCUUUGUAUUGCAAGACUUGCAUUAGCAGUCAAUGAAAAAUGCUCUCCCAGCAUAAUACAGGGAGUUACCCUCUAUCCGUGGGUACAGCUAUUGCUGCAAAAAUGUCACAUGCCUGUUGGGAUUCACCAUUGUGGAAUAGGAAUAAUGAAGGGUUACCGGGCCAGCACCAUGGGGAAUCACAUUUAGGUUAGAAAGAUCCUGACCAGUUUUAAUUUGUGUAUGUAAAAUUUGUUGUAAAAAGUGGGAUUCUCUAAUAGAAAAAGAACUCUGUGUUGUUUCAGAUGAUGAAUGGCCUUCAAAUCAUGAAAACUUUCCCAUUGCAGUAUUGUUGCAAGAGGGGAACUUGAUGUAUUGGAUUCUUUUCUUGGGAGAGUUUUUGGAUGACUGUGAUUUUUUCCCCCUGGAGUAUUUGAUUGUUAAAAGAGCAACCUGUCCACUCAUCUGGACUAUCUAGUUUUGGAUCUGGGCAUGCUGAUUUUGGAUUUCAACAUCCUUUUAAAAACGCAUUAUGUUGGGAAAACUGGAUAUCAAUGAGAAACCCCAGCCUGAUCUCUGAGGUGGUCUUUUGUUUAGUGAGGUUAAUUUGUUCACAUUCAAUAAUUGGUACAUCACAUAGUUGAGUAAGCUAAUAAAGAGGUUGUUUGGGUUUUUUUUACCUCUGUGCCCUAACCAAAAGGAUUGGACAGAUUGUAGUUGCCAGGCCUUUAAAUAGUAAAAAAGACAUUUUCUUCAAAGAAUUAUUAGAAAUAAUUCCAUGGAAUAAUUUGGAGGUGGUGUUUUUUCCUGGAAGUCUUUGCCCUGGUCUGCUACCUGUGUGGGUUCUUUCUAGGGCUGCCAAUAUUGUUACCACCUCUUUUCCUGUGCAGCAUGACAUCUGGGAACUGUGGGUUUUUUCCUGUCACGGAGAUGAAAUGAUAUUAAAAACCUUCACCUGUUGAAUUUCUGCACAUCGGGCUGCUGUUUAAGGCAUGAGCGCAGAGCUUAUUUUUAAAAAGCUGGCAACUCUUGUCCUUUCCCAACAUUAUCUGUCUUGCCGUAGUUAAUUACGGAGUUCAUCUCCUGGUGCAUAAUGAAUCGUAUAGUCUCUCUUCAUAACCUACUUUGCUACAGGUGCUAUUUUGAGAACAGGAAUCCAAGCAUUUAAACUUGCACAGUAGCCAAGGGCAGAGUGAGUUAUACUUGCAGCUGUACCUAACUGUCCUCACUUUCCUUGUGUGUAUUACUGUCUCCCCCCCUCCAAAAAAAUCUGUGUCUAGUACCACCACCAGUUUUCACUGAACCAUCUUUCAGAGAUGAGCUCUUGCAUUCCUAUCCAGCAGUUAGUUUCUCUUUCUACAUUGGAAGGUCAUGUGAAAGGGAGGGCCCAUCUAAGGAUUACUCAAUUGGUACUCAAUUCAUGUCAGAUGCACCACAUUUUCCCCACCACCCACUCUGCCUGCCACUCUGGGAUCAUCCAGAAGAAGCCACUUAAAUCCUCUCUCUCUCCUGUUUGAAGCUUGAAAACGUAUGUGCAAAUGGAAUUACUAAAGAGAUCUUAGUUGAGGGGGAAAAUAAGAAGACAGUGGAAAUUCCACUAAAUAGCAUUUUUUACAAGUGCUAGGAAUGCUCCCAAAGUUCCCUUCCUGAAAUCAUCAAAUGGAGGGGUUGGAUAUGUCACCUUGUGAGAAAGAGGGCCUGAGCCAGCCUUGACACAUGCACAGAGGCCUUUUCCUAUGGGUAGACUCAACAUGUAAACUGCUUGAGACCACCUAGUAAGAGCAGGCUUGACUUAAGUUGUAAUGUUUAAAGCUUUCCUGAGGACACCGAUUAGCCACCUGGCUGAUGCACUUGUGUUCUGUGUGAAACAGGAAGCCAAGCCAUCAAAGGGUACUGAGAGGCGUUGGGGUCACAUGUAUCCAAAUUGCAUACUAAGCUUCUUAAGAGGAGCAGCACCCUCCUCCCAUUGCCGCCAAAAAAGGGACUGCUUACAUGGACAGCACAUUUGCCUGAAAGUUUCACCACAGGAGAAUGACCUUCCUCUGCUGCCACCACCUUCCCUCAAAACAAAUUUGCCAGGUGGUGGCAUUUUACUGAUAUUAUCCAACAAAUGGGUUGGAAAGGUUUAAAGAAAGAACGUCUGCCAAUGACCUACUGUGAACACAGGACAUCCAGCCUGUAAAUGGUGAAUGGAAGUCUGAUCCCUGUCAUUUGUAAAAGCCAAUACGGCUGGAGCUUGCAAAGGGAACAGAUUGGUGCGUUCUGUUUGUAUAACUUGAAUUUCAAUUCUUUGGGUGGUGGGGAAAAUCCCUGUAAUUGUAAAAAGAGAGGGGGGAGAGAGAGAGUCACCAAUUGCUUUUAAUAAGGUUACAUGGAAUGCAGUACUAAUUUAUAGCAGAAAGACCAUAUCUUGUAAACUGUAUAUAAAACACAGUUUUAUGGUGCAAUUGUUCGUCAACCUUCUGUCUGUUACUUUGGGAGGGGGUCAACAUUGUGGGGGGUUUUCAUACCUAAGAGCAUCAUGUUAAAAUUUGCAAAGGAAUAUUUGUCGCUUGUAUUUGCACAAGGAUUUUUUUUGUGAAAACCUGUUUAACAGGCUUUUAAAUAAAUGCCUGUGCCAUUAAUUUAAUUCAGUGUGUGCAACUUUUUUGCCCAACAAAAUCCACAUGGGUAGGGUGAGUGUUCACAUAAAGCCUUUUGAAAUUCUGCUGGCGUUCCGUCCAGAGCAAAUCAUAUGUAUUAGUCCAGACACAUUCACUUGGCGGCUAUUUACUGAAUGCCCAAAACUAUUUGAUGUCACAGGACACAAUACUUUUUAACAUCCUAGUUCUGGUGAAACGAAGUUCAUUCUACAAUCAUUUUAACAGGCUUAUGGUAAAUUUCUGCGGUCUUUCUGUAACCAAUAAAAUUCACAGCAGAUGCUUUUUUUUCUCCGAAAAACCAAAACUGAGUUUCUGUUGGUCACAUUGUCUUUUACUAUCCUGUUGCCAUUCAAAGCCGUCUUUUUAAAGUGAGGGUGGGGGACAGCUUCGGCCUUAUUCUUCAGAUUUAACAUCACUGGAGUCAUGUCUGAGGUAAGAUUGUAGGGUUAGGGAUCUUAUUACCAAACCAUUUUGUUUUGACAGCUUCACAUUGCUAAAGCUCAGUUCCAUGCCCCCCCCCUUCCCCAGGAGUGUUAUUUCAAUUGCUGUUUUGACCUGCUGUAAUAUAUAUAUAUAUAUAUAUAAAGCCUUGUGAAGGAUUGAAAGCAAAAGAUGAAGGAAAUGGCAUUUUCAAAUAGGUUUUCCUGCCUUGGAGUUGUAGUUCUGUCUCUGCUAUGCCAAGAGAUCAUAAAUGUUUGGGCUCAAGGUCGUUUGGUGGUCUCUUCUUCCCCCCCCCCCCGCUUCCUUUGCACCCCCCAGUCUUCUUGCAACAGUUAAGGAUUAUUUUCUAAUUGGUUAGGACAUCCCCCCAAUUUAAUUUCCAAACAAAUUGUUAAUACAAACUGUAUAAAAUGAACAUAAUUUUCUUCACUUGUAUUUUUGUUA